AUGAAUUUGACGGCUGCGUUGCAUAUCGGCGUUUUGCUAAUAGUUUUUAGUGCCGCUCAAGCGGGUAAUGGUUAUUUCUAUCCAAAACCUGUGGGCGUGCCAAUACUUGAAGAAAACGGUGAACAGCAAAGCCAACCGCCAGCAGGUGUACAAGGCGAUUUUAUUGAUGAUAUUAUAGCGGAUCAAAAGGAGUUAAUAUUCCAAUCAAUAUUGGCUGGUAACGCAUUGGCUGAGGCUGCUGAAGCUGCCGAAGGUGGCAGUAAGGCAUUUCGCGGUAACAAGUGUGCACAAUGCACUUGUGGUGUACCAAAUGUCAAUCGCAUCGUGGGUGGCGCGAGAGUGCGCACUAAUAAAUAUCCUUGGAUUGCACAGUUGAUACGCGACUCAUUUCUCUUUUGUGGUGGCACACUUAUAAACGAUCGCUACGUGCUGACGGCGGCACAUUGCUUAUACAACAUGGACACAAGUUCCAUUUCAGUGCGUUUGCUGCAAUUAGAUCGCUCCUCAACUGACUUGGGCAUCAUGCGUAAAGUCAUCUAUACCAUCAUACACGCGCAAUACAAUCCUAUAACUUUAGUGCAUGACAUUGCACUACUUAAGUUAAAUGCACCUGUGGUACUGGCAGAAGAUAUGCGACCAGUCUGUUUGCCAAGUAGUGCAAAUCAGAAUUUCGACUUUAAGCAGUCAAUUGUUGCUGGCUGGGGCUUGACAAAGGAAGGGGGCUUGACUUCAAGUGUCUUGCGUGAGGUUAAAGUGCCCAUUAUUACAAAUGCACAGUGUCGUGCUACUUCAUACAAAAGUAUGAUUGUGGAUACGAUGCUAUGUGCUGGUUUAGUGAAAGAUGGUGGCAAGGAUGCUUGCCAGGGUGACAGUGGUGGUCCAUUGAUUGUAAGAGAUCGCAUCUAUCGUCUUGCUGGUGUUGUUUCAUUCGGCUAUGGCUGUGCUAAACCCGAUGCACCUGGAGUCUAUACACGCGUCAGCAAGUAUUUGGAUUGGAUUUCAAACUACACAUUUGAUGCUUGCUACUGUAUAAAUUAG